GACUUUCCAUCGAAACUGCGGAAGGUUGAAUGCGCUCGGUAUUUUCCGUCAAACCGACGCGCUUGUCCACGAAACAGCCGCACAUCCAAACGCCAACAGCAGCGCUCUUCGGCCGUUGCUCGUGGCACCAGCAACCAUGGCGUCGGCGGAGCUUAUCGUCGCCAAGACGGCGCUGUCAGGGGCUCUGUUCCGCGCCGACCCGCGGCCAUGCUCACGCGACGAUAUCGAAUCGAUGAUCGCCCUCGUCAACUCGACCGUCGCCGAGUGCUCACCCCCCAAUGUCCAGAGAUGCAAGCAAUGGGCUCUCAGCAAUUUGGUUCCCUCGUCGGCUCGGGUUGCCUCGUUCUGCAAAUACCUGGCCGCUCUCUCCAAGUCGUUUGGCGGGGAGAAGGAUGCCGUUUCCCCGGACAGUCAGAGAAAACGUUUGCCGUCUGCAAAGCGCCGACGCCUGCACGUCCUGUAUAUUCUGAACGACAUACUCUACCACGUCAAGCAUCGCAAUCACGACGAAACUUUCGCCCAGAAGCUGGAGCCGACGCUUCCUGUUCUCGUCGGAAGUGCGGCAUCUUUCAAAAACUGCCCUAAGCAUAUCCGAAAGAUCCACGAUCUUAUUGGGCUAUGGGAGGAGAAGGGCUACUUCCCCCGCAGUUUCAUUCAACAGCUUCGGACUGCGGUUGACGAGGGGCUAUCAUUGCCGAAGGAGGGACAGAAUGGCGACGAAGCCGACAAUUCAGCCAGCGCCCUGGCCAAAGCAGCGAAGACAGCGCCUUGGGUCAUGCCGGCCAUGCACGGGGACCCCUCAAUCCCGUGGUACGAUCUGCCCGCGGGGAACUGGCUUCCGGUCUUGGAGCCGAACUCGACCCGCCCGAUGAACCCGUCAAUGAUCAAGCCCCUGGUCCUAGCACAAGGGCCAGCCGACAAAUCCCUCGUGGAAGCGGUAAAGAAUCUGCUGGCGGAUGUCGAUAGGAUAUACUCCAAAGAAGCCAAUUUUGAUGAGCCUGCGUCUGAUAUCAACCGCCUAGGGGAGCGCGUCGAGAUUGACGAGAUCACCGGGGAGACGGUUGGCGGGGAUACGUACUAUGGCUGGUCUCGUGCAUUCUGCGAGAAGAUGAAGCGUCGGCGACGAGGGCGCAGCGAUCGGAACGACCGGGCCGAUCGCGAAGCUAGGCGUGGCAGGAACGGCUCAUCACCAUCACGCAGCCGGUCGGAAAGCCAAUCACGAAGCUGGUCAUCACGAAGCCGUAGCCGAACCUCGAGCCGAAGUGCGAGACAUGCUACCUUCAAGGGCAAAAGACGGUCAGUGUCUCCGCAGGAUAGACGGCGCGGUCGCGGUCGCAGUAGGAGCCGCACUCCGAGUAACCGAUCCAGGAAUCGCAGCUACCGUCGAUCGCGAAGUCGGCUCCGUUCUCGGUCUCCGCAGCGGUCACAAACCAGGUCCAUGCCCCGUGGAGACAGAUACCAGCAAGAACGCUACAACCAGAAUGGUGAUUACCAGCCACAGAGUCCGGACUUCUCUCCAUCCCGUUCCAGAAGCCGAUCCUGGAGCCCACCUCCUCCGCGCUCCAACGAAGCGCCGAGGCCGGGUUUCAUUCCCCCGAACCCGCCUCCUCCCGGUAGCUGGAAUCAACAACACCCGCCCUUGUUUCCGCCGUCAAUGCCUUUUCCGAUUCCCCCACCUUCAAUUCCGCCUCAGCCCGGGUUCGGUCUAGGGUUCCCCAUUCCGCCACCUCAGCCUCCGAACUAUCAGGGCCCGUGGCCACCUGCCCCUCCACCCAUACCGCCGCUGGCAAUGGGUCAGCAGCCCAACUUCUUUGUACCCGGUGGGAACGCGGUGCCGCCUCCUUUGCCCGGUUCAUGGGCCCCACCUCCACCGCCUCCACAAGCUCCGGGAGGGCAUCGGAAUGGAUUCUAUCAACAAGGGCGCCGCGGGUGAGGAGUGUCAGGGUGGGAGGUGUGUGUGAUGUGGGUGAUUCAUAAGAGUUGACAGGGCGCUCAACAGGCUGCUGCUUUAUCGCCUCGCGGCUGAUUUUAUGCGGACUUAUUUGUGCUCUAGCAUUCGUUGUAUGCAAUGAGGGGAUGGCUGAAGUGAAUAUGACCGUUGCCGUAGUCUGAUCUACUAUAUAUAUGAUAAGCUAUAAAAACAGUUUGCAUGAGGGUUGCUCUGUGAUGUGACCGAAGCAUCCUGGAUGGAAGUGGAAGCUUGAUCCCACCGUAUCAGUCGAUCAGCGGGCUUCGGAACAUCACUUCUGGGUCCGGAUUUUAUUGCCAACCGCUUUCGCCGCGACUGACAUACUGCUUUCUAACGCAUGGGUGAUUUCUGC